CUUUUACUGAAUCAGCCUGGGAGGCAUUUAUACAGACACUAUGAGAACAAGUAUGAACAUGGAAGUAAAGGCAGCAUGAAGGGAGGUGUUUAGCUUAAAAAAAGAAGAAGAAGAAGAAGACAGAUUAACACACAGGAAGUAGGAAGUGUGAUCUGUUAGAUACAGUAGCCACAUUGUGUGUGUGUGUGUGUGUGUGUGUGUGUGUGUGUGUGCUCCGUUGGGGUUUAUGUGUGAAAUGAAAUGCUGACCUCUGGUUUAAGUUAAGGACAAUGUCUCUGAAACUCCGACGCAACUGGGACUUCAGCACCUUCAAGGCUGAGACAGCUCGCAUAGCUCUCUUGUGGUGUUUGGCAGCGCGAUCCAGGAGUGUGACACCUGGAGAGGGAGGCCCAAUACUGGGCUCCCCUAACUCCCCCAGGUCCAUGGAGAGGCCCCUGAAGGCCGGCUGGCUGAAGAAGCAGCAGAGGUCUCUGGUGAAGAACUGGCAGCAGCGGUACUUUGUGCUGAGAGGAAGCACGCUGACCUACCACAAAGAUGACAAGGAGACCACUGUGCAGGGAGUCAUCCAGCUGCGGUUCAGUAAAGUUAAUGAACUCCCUGCGAACCCUGAUGACCCCGGGAAGUACAUCUUCGAAAUCAUCCCACGUACGUCAGGAGACAGAGAGCGAUGUCCCUAUGUGUUCAUGGCUAACUCUCAGAGUGAUCUGGAGGAGUGGGUCCGCACCCUGCGCCGGGUCAUUGGAGUACCAACAAGUGGAGUGUUUGGAAAGGGCCUCAUGGACAUUGUCACAUAUGAGCAGCGAUUUGGGCCUCACAUGGUGCCGAUCCUGGUCCAGAAGUGUGUGGAGUACAUCAAGGAACACGGCCUGAAUGAGGAGGGCAUCUUCCGCCUGCCGGGUCAAGACAACGCAGUCAAACAGUUCAGAGACGCCUUUGACGCCGGAGAGAGGCCCUCCUUCCCCAGUGACACAGAUGUCCACACGGUGGCGUCUCUGCUCAAAUUGUACUUGCGCGAGCUCCCGGAGCCCGUGGUGCCCUGGACUCAGUACCAAGACUUCCUGGACUGCACCAACCUGCUGGACUCGAGCAGCUCAGAGGGUUGGAAAAAGUUGGAAAAACAAAUUGCUCUUCUUCCCAGAACCAACUACAACCUUCUCAGUUAUGUCUGUCGGUUUUUGUUCGAGGUGCAGCAGCACUCCAGUGUGAACAAGAUGAAUGUGGAGAACUUGGCCACAGUGAUGGGCAUCAACCUGCUCAAACCUCAGAUAGAAGACCCCAUCUCUGUGAUGAAGGCGACUCCUCAGAUCCAGAAGCUGAUGACGGUGAUGAUCCGACAGCACGAGGCUCUGUUUCCUCUCUCCAAAGAUGUUCUUCCCUCCCCGCCUUCAAAGAAGGCUGAGAGCAAGAAGAACACGCCCCGAAGCUUCGUGGGCUGGGAGUCUGCAGAGAUGGGAGAUGCUUCUCUGUCUGAGUCUCCAGAAGAGGAGGAGGAUAUCGACAGUCCGGGUCCCAGCAGAGACUCUUUCAGCCCCCUGAUUCCUCAGCAGGACCCCCGAACCCCCACACCAGACGGCUGGUCGGGAAGCCCCCGAAAACGCACCCAGACCCUGCCAGCCUUCAACUGCCCGCUCACUGGGAUGGCUGCCAAGGCGGACGCCCUGAACCGCUGGAGCCAAAUCCAGGAGAGCAUGGAGGAGAAGAGUGGGACGCUGUCAGAGGACAUUUUUAAGAUGCUGGACCUCCAGAGUUCAGGGUCUUUGUUUGGAGGGGGAGAGGAGAAGUUAGUGGCCCGAAGAGGAAGUGACAACACAAGUUCUUCUUCUGCGGGCCCCCAAAAACCAGACAGUGACCCCCAGCCUGGGUUGUCCACACAGAAGAGAAUAGGGAUCCUCACACCCACCAACAAGCCGGAGCAGAAGACAGACAGCCAGCUCGUAGAAAGUCUGCAGCGGGAGAACAAGGAGCUGAAGGCCAUGGUGGCAGAGCUCCAGUCUGGCCUGGAGGCCGAUCGCAGCAAAGUGGCCACCCUGGAGAUCUGCCUGAGAAAUGCUGAGCGAAGCCGAGACGAGGCCCAGAGACGCAACAAGGAGCUCCAAAGAGACAUUCAGCAGUUCCUCCCUAAAAAGCCACAAGAUCCCACCUAACGGUUACUUUAAGACUCACUCAAAUAUAGAUUUAUGACUCUGCAAACUUCAACAGAGCUAAUUUUGCAUGAAAUGGUUAUGCUAUUUUCCUCCACUGGAUUGUUUCCAUUUGAGCUCGGUUUAAUAGAAGAUAAAUGAUUGGCUCAUUUGUUUGUGUCUGUGAGGAAGGUUUAUCUGAAUAUUACUAUUUACAAAGAAAGACUACUGCUACUGCUGUCCUCGAAAAUGAAAGGCUGGCAUAGACUGAACACUUUGAUUAAAGGUCAAGUGGGCGGAUAUGUAUAUUUUAAUGGUGAACAGCGUGUAUCCUAUAAGUGAAAAGUCCAUUUCGUUUCAGUGGUAAAUUAAUAAAACACACAUUUACAUGUU